AUGACGCUUGAAGCCGUGUUUGACAUCUUCGACCACGGGGUAAACGCGGAACUCCAUGUCCGUGACGUGAGCGACAGGCUCCAUGUGGAAGACCAUUUCAGCCGCAUCGUCGUUUCCGAAAUAGACAUUGCCCUUCAGUCCACAGAUCUUCAGCAACUGGCGGAUGGUCUCGACUUUAGAAGGAUGGGGUGCUCGAUUGAUGUUGCGGUCAAGGUUGAGAGGGGGAUUAGUAUCAUAUCCGACGAAUGGGCCGAUGACCUUCUCUGGCAGCGGUAUGAAACUCCCUUUGAGAUGAGCAAGAUGUUUAUUGCGUUCUUUGUCAAGCACUCUAGCAUUGAGCCUCAUGAACUGAAUCACAUCAUGUCCAAUCGGAACAUGAGAUCCGUCCGAAACAUCGAAUCCGUCGCGAGGGAGUUCUUGAAGGCAUUAGACACCCUUCCACGAAAAUCAUGUGCCCCAUCACUAAAAGCCGGUGACAAAUUCGACACCGGAGUGACCAAUCCCGAGUGA